UCGUAGCAAAAGCGACAAAGACAGUGGACGUCGUCAAUUCGCGGCUAAGUGUCGGACUUGAACGUCUGCAAAAGAAGCUCAAGUACGCAAACGCGACGUAUGUGUGUAAACACGCCGGGGAACGGAGGUGCACUGCUACUGGUGUACGACCUCAGCAAAGGACCAUGAAGCAAGGGUGUCCCGCGACCGUUGUCAUCGCAGCACGUCGGACCAGCCAGCAGUUAGAGAUAACAAAGAUUGACUGCAACCACAACCACGAAGUGAACAAGGAAAUUUUCCAGCUGUAUCCGGAAAACCGCCGGCUUACGCACCAUGAAAAGGAAUAUGUCCUUCCUUUGCUUGACCUCAAUGUGUUGCCCAAUGUCAUAGCUGGGAAGCUAGCAGAAAAGACGGGAAAGGUGGUAACAACGCAGGAUCUGCACAAUGUCAAGCGAAAUUGUCACGGCCGAGACGAAGCUGAACAACUUCUUCAGGAGAUAGAGAAGUGUCGUCAGCAGCAUCGGGCAAAGAUAAUUCCUAUCACAGAUGAAAAUGAGGAGCUGCAAAUUUUGUUUAUUCAAACGCCACACAUGCAGCAAGCAUAUAAGUCCUUCCCAGAGGUGGUGUUGCUUGAUGCAACAUAUAGGACAAACAAGUUAAAGAUGCCACUUUUUGUAUUUGUCGUGCAAGAUGGGUGUGGAGAAAGCCAAGUAAUUGCUUAUGCUUUUGUUGCUUCUGAGCAGUGUCACCACGUCACUGAAAUGCUCAACCUCUUCGUGAAGGAAAACCCUUGUUCUGAAAAUACUGGCGUCAUAGUCGUGGACUAG